AGAUUGAGCUGGGAGUUGGUUGCUGCUGCGUCAAAGGGGUCUAUCAAACUGCUGGCCGUCAGGAGCAUAUUUUUACCCGGACAUGUCUACGGCCGAUCACCUCCUUUUCACCCAGCGCGACCUGAAUUGUCUUUCUGAUCCUGACAGAAGCACGAGGAAACGAGCCCUCGAGAAGAUUCUAAAGGAGUCACAAAACCUGAGUUCCUCAAGUGGUUGGACUGGCGAAGCCCUGGGGAAAGACUUUGAGUUGCUGCACCCUCAUCUGCUGAGAUGCCUCAAAGAUCAAGCUGAAAAGUGUCGUGAAAUUUCUGCAAACAUUCUGAAUGCUCUGUUUCCCUUGCUGAAGGAUGCAGGGAAGUACGUGGUGGAGACGUUGGAGCAUGUUCGAGAAAGGAUCGGAUGUUUCCCUCAGCAGGAAGAGUCGGAAGAGGUUCGAUUAGAGCUGCUGGUGCUGACAAACAGCCUCAUCAAACUAAGCCAAGAUCGGCUACAAGAUGCGAUACCCGAAGUUGCACUGAUCUUGGAAAAGUCAUGUUCAGACAAGUUUCCUGAUGCCAAGAAGUUAGUGGCUGAUACUGUUGUGCUGAUUUGUGAUCAGUGUUGGGUACCUGGCAUGAAAGAACACAUCCCCACAAUCAACAAAGCUUUGCAACAAAAUUUCUCGCACCAGCAGCAGAAAGUUCGCGUUGCGAGCUUGCAAGCAGUUGGUUCCCUCGUCACCCACGACUGUUCCAUUCUCAAGGAUGUCUUGCCGAAUAUUGCCAAGUUCAAUACCGAUAGAUCGAAGCAGCUGCGAGAAGAAGUGCUCAAGAUUGCUGCAGUGUGGUUGAAAUGCUUGGACGUCCUCGAAGCUCCUGGGAUCCUCCCCAUUCUGUUGCAUGGCGCUGCCGAUGAGAUCGAGCAAGUGCAGCAGCUCUCAGUCGACCUGAUGGAGGAGGUGGGGAAUGCCUUGGAGGGAAAGUGUGAAGCGAAAGACUGUAUGCAAGAGGAGGAUGAAUUCGAUGAUGCCGUGCUUUCACUGUAUCCCAAGGCGUUCCAUGGCCGUCCAGGCAAGGGCGCUCGCCUGCUCAUAACGACACAUCUCAAGUCGAUCCUACUGCAGUUGCUGGGCGAGCUGGCUGACUGGACAGCUGGCGCAAGACAGAAGGCAUCUGUCACUCUCGUAAAUGUGUUGAUCUACGCAGAGAGGAGUAUCACGAAGCAUGCAGAGGCUCUGCUCACCGCAUUCUCGCGCUCUUGCAUGGACGAGGAAGACAGUGUGGCACAAACAAUCCUGACCUGCAUAAGGCUGACUGGAGCGUUUACCCCCGCAGAUGUUUUCAUCGGUGUGGUUGAGGCAAAUCUGACGAGCUCGAGUAUCUCUGUAAGCUCCAAGAAGAAUUGGGCAGCUGUCCUUGGUACCUUGCUGGAAGGCUGCAGGGAAGGGCAGGUUGGCCCGUUUGUUAGCAGCAUCUGCACUGUGGUGUCGGAGCUAGAGCUCUCCCUGCCGGAUACAGCAGACUAUCAGGUGCAUGUCUAUCGCAUCCUCGAGGCGUGUAUCAACAACUCCGGAGGUCAAUGCUCGCCCGUCCGCCAGAAACUCAUGAAGUCGCUGCUCCGCCUGCACAGCCUCAAGUCAUCAGAAUCGAUCGCUUCUCGUGCCCUCGACUCACUUCUCAAGUUGUCGCGUAUCCUUGGGGAGCUCGAGGGGCAGGGCGGAGAUGACUUCCUGUUCCGCAUGGAGACCGAGGACAUUGUAAAUAAUUUGUUCGAGGAAGCACCUCAAUGGCGGAGAGACUCCUACAACUUGUACAUCUUUGAAUCUUUGAGCAGGCGGGCAGGGACAUGCCUCGCACCCUGCUUCUCGACUUGCAUCCGCAUCUUUGCCGUGGGCGCAGACGCUCAGAAGGAUGCGGACGUCCGAUCCAUCCUCCUCCUCCUUCUCGACGACCUGCUCAAACAAGAAGCUCUCUUAGACACAUUGCGCAGACAUGGCGGGGAGAUGCUGUCACAGGUGAUGAAGGAGCUGGGGGAAGGCUUCAAGCCGGGACAGCUGGACUCGAUCAUGAAGUCCUGCCUAGACGACGAGGACGCUGAGAUUCGCUUCAUCACCUGCGGAGCUCUGAGCGAGCUCUUCGUCAUGAUCCGGAACCGUCUCGACACCGAGCAGAUCCGAACGAUGUACAUCGAGCUGCUGAAGCGAAUGGAUGACAGCAACGAUAGGAUCCGAAUCGAAGCCGCCAAGGCUUUCGCUGAAUUUCUUCCUUCCGUUCCUCGCGGUUAUGACAGCACGCAGUUCGAGUAUCUCGUGCGAGGUCUCGUCGUUCACCUGGACGAUGCCAACCAGGAGGUGCAGGAAGGCGUCCUGCCUGCUGUCUUCCGAGCCGCGGAGAUCUCACCAAAGAGCUUCUUGUCGAUCUUGCGCGAGUGCCGGGGAAAGCACAGGAGAACGGAGUGGUGCGACCGAGCAAUCGCGUAUGCCACUGAGUUAGAAACGAAGUAAUCACCAUCUGUGUGGAGGUGGAGUGUGGGAAUGCAAUCGGGAGUUUCUCAUACAACCAAGAUCGAACUCUAUCUUGCUCCUGCUCUCUUCACCCCCGCAGUAGGAAGAGUAGCUCAGCCCAUCGGCUACUCGAGUUUCGGAGUGAAGAACGAUUUGUCG